CCCACAAUUCUCCGCAGCUGUGCCACGUCUGUUUUGCCUUUACGGGUCGAGACUGUCAAUAUUUGUUCUGGUGGCUUCUUGUACUAUAUCGACUCAUAGAAUUUUUAAACGAAAUUCCUAAGCAUGGGUGGGUCACAGAGUGUCGAAAUACCCGGAGGCGGUACCGAGGGUUACCAUGUAUUGAGGGUUCAAGAAAAUUCCCCUGGUCAAAUCGCUGGAUUGGAGGCAUUUUUUGACUUUGUGGUAUCCAUAGGAAAUACCAGACUAGAUCAGGAUAAUGACACAUUAAAGGAACUAUUGAAGAGUAACAUUGAAAAAGAACUCAAGAUGACUGUGUACAGUAGUAAGACUCAGACGAUCCGAACUGUUAACAUCACCCCAUCCAACCUCUGGGGUGGCCAAGGGUUACUCGGAGUUUCCAUCCGAUUUUGCUCUUUUGAAGGAGCAAAUGAAAAUGUUUGGCAUAUACUGGAAGUAGAGCCAAAUUCUCCUGCAGACAUAGCAGGGCUUCAGUCUCACACUGACUAUAUCAUUGGUGCUGAUUCUGUACUUCAUGAAAGUGAAGAUCUGUUCUCCUUGAUAGAGGCUCAUGAGGGUAGGCCUUUGAAACUUUACGUCUAUAAUGUGAAGACGGAUUCCUGUCGAGAAGUCACUGUUACUCCAGAUACUCAGUGGGGUGGUUCUGGAAGGUAAUAGUUUUGAUAUUCU